AUGGAAAUUCAACAUCCUAGCCAUAAUCAUCCUCUGGUUUUCAAGGAAGAACGGAGCCAUGAAAGUGAUGAGAAGGCUUAUUGCCAUGGGUGUGGGGAGGAGGUGUCGGGUCCAACGUAUAGCUGCGUGGCAUGCGGGUUUCACCUUGACAAGAACUGCGCUGAGGCACCUUUGGAGAUGAAUCACCCCUUUCACCGCAACCACAGCCUUAACCUUGGAAUCUCAGCAAUUGGUAAAUAUUUGUGUAAUUGCCAUUUCUGCUACAAAAUGUGCGACAACAUUGUUUAUUCGUGUGGUUCUUGUAAAUUAAAGCUUCACAUCAGGUGUGCUCUGUUUCUACAUAGCAUUGCUGAAAAAAAGUUUGGAGAGCUUCCACACAUUGCCCAUAAAGACCCUUUGAUCUCUACUGAAAAUCAUUCUAUCAAACUCAAAUACGCCCACUGCUUUGUAUGUUGGACACCAUUAUUAGAUUCUCCAUGCUUUUCUCUUGAUUGUGGAUUUUGCCUACAUAAGAAAUGUGUUGAGCUACCCUUUGAAAUCAAUCACCUUUACCACCGUCAACAUUCUCUUUUUUUACAAUUUAAUACCGAUUGUCUUCCUUGCAAGAUAUGCCAAGGAACCCAAGUCAAGGGAUUUGUUUACUGUUGUUCAAUGUGCAAGGUUGCCCUUCACGUUGAUUGUGUGUCACCAUCACCUUUUAUUGAAGAUAGUAAUCAUGAACACUCGUUCACUAGGUGUUUAAGGCGAUUUUCAUUCAUUUGUGGUGCAUGUGGCACGUCUGGAAAUUAUGCUCCUUAUAUUUGCUCAACAUGUGGCGUUACAGUCCACAAGGAUUGCAUUUCAUUAUCGCGCAUCAUAAAAAACACGUGGCAUCACCAUCCUAUUUUUCACAACUAUUUUGUAGUAAAAAAUGAGUGUGGAAUAUUAGAAUGUGGAAUUUGUCAUGAGGAGGUGAACAAAGAGUAUGGGAAUUACUAUUGUUCUGCGUGUAAGUUUAUUGUCCAUGUGAAUUGUGCUCUAAAGGAUUCUGAGUUUUAUUAUGAAAUUGAGUCAAAAGAUGAUUAUCAGAAGCUUAAUGAAAAUUCAACGCUGGUGGAUCCAUCCUUUCUUGUCAUUAAAGAGAUCAAACUUGGAGAAAAUGUGAUAACUACAGAGAUACAACAUUUUAGCCAUGAACACAAUUUAGUGUUAUAUGAUGAAGUAAAGGGUGAUAAAUGUUGUGACUGUUGCAGUCUACUCAUUGAGACAUCUUUUUAUAAUUGUUCAGAAUGUGAUUUCUCUCUCCACAAAUCAUGUGCUGUGUUACCCAAGAAGAAGGAAUAUUGGAUUUGUCCUUUGGCCUUUAACCUUAUUCCAAAUCACUUUUUCAAAUGUAACCUUUGUGGUUCCCUGCAUACUGGUUUUGCCUACAACUUGAAUAGAAUUUGGUUGUGCGUUCAGUGUGCUGAACUUUCUUCGAGCUACACAAGUCAAGCACACAAGGAGCACCUCCUUCUCUUUUACAACAUGUAUAAUGGGCAGUGCAAUGCUUGUGGUAGCAGUAUUGAUAAUGGGGAAGCAUACAGAUGUAAGAGUUGCAAUUUUAAUUUGCAUGUUCUAUGUACUCUGCUACCACAAACAGCUCGGCACAAAUGUGAUGAACAUUGUCUCACACUCACAUACCAUGAAGUUAAUGAUUAUUCAGAAUAUCAUUCUUGUGACAUUUGUGAAGAAAGAAGAAACCCCAACAUUUGGUUUUAUCAUUGUGCACUUUGUGACAAGUCAGCUCAUCCCAAAUGUGUUCUUGGAGAUUACCCGUUUAUCAAGCUCGGGAGGAGGAUCUCUGCAAAGACUGAUGAUCCACACUUACUCAUUCUCGUGCAAAAGGUUUAUCUUUACCCUGAAUGUUCUAAAUGUGGUCAGCUCUGCUUCGAUCUGGCUCUUGAGUGUGCAGACACAAGAUGCAGCUUUGUUAUCCAUUGGAGAUGUAGCCGCCUCAAAGACUUCAUUGAAGAUGAUAAUAUUGUUGAGCCGAUAGCCAUCAAAGGUUACUGA